UCAAGUUUUCUUGCUUUUUCCGUGGGUUGUCUGGCGCGUGCGUUACCUUGCCGCUGUAGCAGGAUAAGAUUGCAUUCACACAGUCCGUGGUUGUGAAUCGGGCGGCCGCUAGAAUGCAGUGCAGACGGAGUGUCGUGUGUGGUAUUGGGCUCAUAUCCAUCGUCAUCUUGCUCGCCUCGGUCACCUUCUUCCUCAGUCAGGACACUGGUUCCUGCACAGAGGGUACGUUUCCUUGUGGGAAUUCCACAGUCUGCGUGCCACAGAGGUUUCUCUGCAACGGUCAUAGCGACUGCCCAAACGGAGAAGAUGAGGACGUAUACACGUGCACGGAUACUCACGGAAACGCCUUCAUCCAAGAAGUAGUUCUGCAGAGGAAGGCACAACAGCGCCAGGAGGAAUGCAAACUGGACCACAUCCCGAAUGACUGCAGAUGCAGGGACAAGACCCGGGUGUUCUGCAGGCACCUUGGACUCACGGAGGUUCCGCAGGACAUCAGUGACCACGUGACCCGCUUGAUUUUGGUGAACAACUCCAUUAAACUGUCCCGUGAUUCAUUCAAAAGGUACACCAAUUUGGAACUCAUUCAUUUGGGUUGGAACGACAUAGAAGAACUUCCUGAUGGUGUCUUCGAAGGACAGCGCAUACUCAGUCGCCUCUUCUUAACAAAUAAUAAACUGACGGAACUUCGGGCCGGGACGCUUAAGGACCUCACCCACCUCUCGUGGCUGGUUCUGCAGGACAAUCACAUCGUUCACAUUGACCUUGACGCUCUCAAGGACUCCAGUCUUACUUGGCUUGACAUAACGAGAAACUGUCUGACGCUGGACGGAUUGACUUUUCCGGAACUUCCUCGGCUCAAACAAUUAAUCCUUGACGAAAACGCAAUUGAAGAAAUUGGGGAAAAUACAUUUGCGAAUCUGAGAGCACUCCAAACUCUAGACCUCAAUAAGAACAGUCUCCGGCACAUCCACCCUAACGCCUUUGGAAAUCUGCACAACCUCCAAGAAUUGGACAUGGCCAACAAUCAACUUCAGACGCUGGACCCUACGGUGUUCCACAACUUGACAGCCGUCAUGAAACUGUCCCUUACGAACAACCCACUCAGAGUACUGCCGACACAGCUGUUCAGUAAAAUGAAGCAUCUAAAAUCCUUGCAGCUCGGACAUAUUGAAAUAGAGAACGUAGGCGUGGAAAUAUUCUCCCAUCUCGCUGCAUUAGAUUUUGUGUAUUUCGGAAAGUUCCAUUACUGCACCUAUACCCCUGCUGUCAGAAUCUGUAGACCGAACACAGAUGGAGUGUCAUCACUGAAGCACCUACUGGUGAAGCCAAUCCUGAGGGUGACGGUGUGGGUGGUAGCUGCAGUCACAUGUCUCGGCAACGGAUUGGUGCUCUGGGGCCGGUUCUCUUCCCGAGACGAGAAUCGAGUUCACAGUCUGGUGAUCAAGAAUCUUGCGGUUUCAGAUUUGUUAAUGGCGUUUUAUCUACUGGUGAUUGGGAUCCAGGACUGUCAGUUCCGAGGCAACUAUCACAAGGAGGCUCACAAGUGGAUGUCAUCUUGGGGAUGCACGCUCAUCGGUAUGGUCGCAAUGACGUCAUCAGAAGUGUCAGUUCUGAUACUGGUGUUCCUGUCUAUGGAGCGAUUUCUGCUGAUUGCCGUUCCUUUCGGGGGGCACCAGAGCAUGUCCACGAGAACAACAAGUCUCAGUCUGACAAUCAUCUGGACGGUGGGGUUCUGCCUUGCUUCAAUACCAGUACUGUACUGGAAGAACACUACGCGGUUCUACGGCACGAAUGGCAUGUGUUUCCCACUGCAUAUUGACGACCCAUUCUUCAUGGGCUGGCAGUAUUCGGCUUUCAUAUUCCUGGGAGUCAACUUUUCUGGACUGGUGCUCAUAGCAGUUCUGUACACGUGGAUGUUUGUCAGCAUCUGGAAGACGCGCCAUGCCACUCCUCUCUCUUCCGUCGGGGACUUCGAGUUUGUCAUUAGGUUCUUCUUCAUCGUUUUGACGGACGCCGGCUGCUGGGCCCCCAUCAUCGUACUGAAACUGAUCGCCCUGAGCAGGGUCCACAUCCCAGCUGAUUUGUACGCAUGGGUAGUGGUGUUCAUUUUGCCCGUCAACUCGGCAGUCAACCCUCUACUCUACACUUUCACGACGCCUAAAUACCGCGGACAGCUCUUCAAGUUCGGCUGGCCUCGAGAAUCACAGAAAGGACUGGUGACUCGCCUACAGUCCACUGCAGAUACAGGAUGUUCUAGCUCGUCGUCGACCCGCAUCAUGGUACAGAAGAAGGACGCUGAGAGUAAUCUGUACUCCAUGCUGCCACUGAUGGCCGGUUGCAGUCAGCUCCAGGCCCGCGCCAACAACAGACUUCACUCCACUUGAACUGGUGUGGCUUCAAACCUUGUCUAACUACGCUUCAGAUGGGUUAUAUAAAGUGUCGCACCUUAAGCCUUGCGGGCUUCUGGUCUAUUCCAAGUCAGCCAGCGCUUUUUGCAAAACAUCUGUGGUGGAAGAUCCCUUGUAAUGCCCAUAACUCUGAAUGGUAUCUCAUGUAUCAGGACUUCAAAUCUCGUGACAAACUAAACGACUCAUUCGUGACUCUGAAGUUUUAAAAAGUAUUUAUUAUGUUACUGAUCUGUAGCAUAAAUUUUUAGAACUUAUUUAUUGUCGUUCAGUUAUUUGUGAAGUUAGCUGGCCACUAAAUUUGAAUACAACAUCAUAACUUAAACUGUAUUAAUUUAUUCAGAAGUAUUGUAACCUACUUGGUUAUCUCUAAGCACUUAAACCACUUUUGCUUCUGUUCAUCUUGCCAGUCUAUGUCUGACAUGAAGAGAAACAGAUGGACAGUUAUAGGUAAUAUAUGGUUAUUGGGCCUAGUGUAAAGACAAGUAAAACAAAAAAUCCACGAAAGUAUUAUCAAUAUAGAGCUAUUAAUGUAAAUGUAAAAAUGAGAAUUACUAAUUAUCCGGUGAUAAAAAUUUAGCACCUUGAAUUUCAGGUCGCUAAUUAGCAAAAUAAUGACACUCAAUGCAUCCGAUGGCCAUAUUUCCAAGGCCUGUCAUUUGUGUACUUAAACAUACGAAACAACUUAGUAAGAAACAUAGUCAUUCAUGUUUGUAUACAUACAGAAUGUUCCACAGAUUGCUAUGGUAUAAGUCAUAGCGUAGGUAAGGAAAUGCUUCGUCAAGGAACCAAUCAUCUCUUAUUGUGUCUGUCAUUUUCCUAUGUGGCACUAAUCACACUGAUAUUUCGGAAAUAAAACCUUGAGCGAGGUACAAGCAUCAGCACGAAGUAGAAUGGUGUCCUGGACACAACAUGAGCACACCACACUUGCUAACACAUCCUGCAUAGAAGUGCAGACAGCACUGAAAUUUAUGUCACACGAUACGAUAAGCGGAUUUGAGUUUCAGUGAUCGUGGUGGUCAGGCUACAGACGUGUCUGUAUCUCGACGGAUCCAACGUAGUUCUUUGUAGGAAAUACCAGGCACUACAAGACAUUUAUAUUCAAAUUUUGACAGCGUUCUCUUCCUACAUUAUUGCUUGCGCAUUUCACAAAAUAACAUAUACUACGAAAACAAAUAUGUAACAUGUAGUUCCCUUUGAUUCGGCAAUGCACCCUUCUCAUAUAACUGAGCAAAAAAUUAAUUACCUUUAUUUCAAAAGCACUGACCGUAUGUGCGUGUGCCUUCAUGCCCUUCAACUUAACAUAUACACGGUGUAUGUAUUACAUAAUACACGUAAAAAUGAACUUGUCCCUGGGCCUAAAGACUGCGUCAUGAAGACAUAUGGCCUAUGCACACAAAAUUCUUAUCAUUCAAAACAUCAACUCUAAAUGGAGGUAAAUGGCAACCUUAACGUUCCGGCCGUUUUAAUACUUUAGGAGAAAGUCAAGUAGUUCUGUUCACUGGAUGGGAGGCUGGGUGGACCCACAAGCCGUCCGUCCACCUCUCGGGCAGUCAUUUUAUUUGCUGAGUUAUCCUGGCUCACAUGCAUAUGAACACUUACACACUGCCUAAAUUAUGUGUAUUAAUGUAUACAAGGAUAGUCCUAGUAUUUUGUAUUCUACUAUAUGCAAAUACAUAAAACAGAUCUACUUAUUUGUUUCAUUAAACAGCUUUACAACAAUUUUCAUUUAAACUACGAGUGAGUUCAAGACGAGCCUGGUAGGUGGAACAGUUUAACCAGUUUGUAGUGGAUUGUGGUUAAGAAGAAUAAUUCCGUAUGAAGCAGACUCCAAGCUAGCAUCUGUUUUCAAUCUAGGAGUAAGAUUGUAUUUAAUCAGAUAUGGGAAUGAAUGAACUACAGUUCUGGCUGAGGGAAACAAAUAUAUAAGUCAUUCAGGGUCAGUGUUGUAAAUUUGUGUGUCAUAUUACUGUUACCAACUUAUGUUUAUACGUGCAAAAUGUCUAUAUUUACGUAAAUAUAAGUUCGACUUAUGCAAACCAGAUUACAUAUGUGUAUGUCUUUGUACCAUUGUAAUCUAAUUUAUCAUAUGAAAUUCCAUUACUAAUUUUUACCAAAAAUAUAAACUAAACUUACUUCCGUACAUGAUAUUGACGCGAACUAUAAAUUAUAUGUAUAAGAGGUUUUCAUUAUAUACAAAUAAGUAAAUAUUAACGUUUCCAAUGGAAAGUUCAAGUGGUAUAUCCUAUAAAGCAUGUUUUGUGUUAGUUGAUAUAUAUAAAAUAAAUA